AGGGUCCGAGCCCCUGAGCAUGAGCUAAUAUCGUAAUAUAAUAUAAGUAAUUCAGCGUCCAACAAGUUUAUGGAUGAAGUUGCGUGAUUGGCACGUGGUCACAGCCUCAACACAACCUCAUGUCCAACUCCCUCCUUAAAUCUGAUUCCACACACAACACAGGACUUUAUAUGUGUGUGUCAGUGUUAAAUGCAGCGUGUUGUCCCGGACGUUGUCUGUAGCCUGAUAAAAAAUGACCCAAACGAUCACACUGGAUAUGUUUGGUCAUUUUCUUCCGUGCGUAAAACCUGCGUCAUCCUGCGGUGCACUGGUGUCUUUUGACGUCUCCUUGGUUAAUAUGUAUUAUUUAAAUCCAAAGUCACAUGAAGGAACGGAGAGCACCUACUCGUCCAGAGGGUUUGGAGCUGGUGGCGGCAGAGCUGCAGCUCUUCAGUCCGAUGCGUAAAAGGCACCGAGCAGCGCCGACUGGCUGUUUGACAGAAAGAAGCGAGGCAGCGGGUGAGGUGGUGGAGAAGUGGGAGGGUGUGAGAGCCCUCCCCCCCGACAAAUGUCUGCAUGGAUCCACUCCUUCAUAACCCAACUCCUCUCCAGCCCCGCGCACACUGACCCAAGUGUCCAACCCACACUGUGGAUCAGCUGAAGCGGCCACCGGCUGAAAAGAUGGGAGCCGAUUAGAUACUUAACUCUUCAGCUUCUGCUUAGUUUCAUUCAGAUUCAGCCGAGUCACUCCAACAACCUCUGGAGCAACAGCUGCUGGCUCCUACAUGUGAAUGUCCGCCGUUGUCCCAGCGCACUCCACGGCCGCGCUGGUGAUGCCAUGCCGAGAAGCCACACCGGCGAAGAGAGUGGAGGCGGUGGCACCGGGCUCUGGCUGAAGAGCUCCACGGGACGCCGGGCGCAGGACUACGCACUGAAGGAUGUGGAGAGCGGGCACAGGACGAUGAACAACACGGCGCGGGUGGGCGACGGGCUCCUGUCUCCCGGUGCCGCAGGUGCGGGGGGAGCGGAGCGGAAGCAGGGCGCGAGGCUCAGCCUGCUCGGGAAGCCGCUGACCUACAGCGCGCAGAGCGGCCGCAGGAACGCGCGGUACCGGCGGCUCCAGAACUACCUCUACAACGUGCUGGAGAGACCGAGGGAGUGGGCGUUCGUCUACCACGCGUUUGUGUUUAUCCUGGUGUUUGGAUGUCUGGUUCUCUCUGUGUUUUCCACCAUCCCUGCUCACCAGGAAUUCUCCUCCCACUGUCUACUCAUCCUGGAGUUUGUGAUGAUUGUAGUGUUUGGUCUGGAGUACAUCAUUAGGAUAUGGAGUGCUGGCUGCUGCUGCCGCUACCGAGGCUGGCAGGGACGCCUCCGGUUCGCCAGGAAGCCAUUCUGUGUCAUAGACAUCAUCGUACUCAUCGCCUCCGUUGCCGUGGUUUCGGCCGGUAGCCAGGGUAACAUCUUCGCCACCUCUGCGCUGCGUAGCCUCCGCUUCCUUCAGAUCCUGCGCAUGGUGCGGAUGGACCGCAGGGGGGGGACCUGGAAGCUCCUGGGAUCUGUGGUGUACGCGCACAGUAAGGAGCUGGUCACUGCCUGGUACAUCGGGUUCCUGGUGCUGAUCUUCUCCUCCUUCCUGGUUUAUCUGGUGGAGAAAGAAUUCAACAAGGAGUUUGCCACCUACGCCGACGCUCUGUGGUGGGGCACGAUCACCCUCACGACCAUCGGCUACGGGGACAAGACCCCGCAGACGUGGACGGGACGGUUGUUAUCGGCCGGUUUUGCUCUGCUGGGAAUCUCCUUCUUCGCUCUGCCAGCUGGCAUCCUCGGGUCAGGUUUUGCUCUGAAGGUUCAGGAGCAGCAUCGACAGAAGCACUUUGAAAAGAGGAGGAACCCAGCAGCCAGCCUUAUCCAGUGUGUCUGGCGUAGUUAUGCUGCUGAUGAGAACUCGGUUUCCAUUGCUACCUGGAAGCCUCAUUUGAAGGCGUUGCAUACCUGCAGCCCCGCCAAGAAAGAACAGGGCGAGACCACCUACAGUAGGGGUCUAAGUAAUGGGCGGCUCUUCAGAAGGUACACUCGGAAAUAUAGGAGUCAGAAGUUGAGUUUCAAGGAGCGGGUCCGGAUGGCGAGUCCUCGCGGUCAGAGCAUGAAGAGCAGACAGGCCUCCAUCAACGACCGCCGUUCCCCUGGCAACGAGGGGGUGGGCGGCGGCGCCGGCGCCGAGCUGAUGGGCGGGAGUCCGGCUAAAGUGCAGAAGAGCUGGAGCUUCAACGACCGGACGCGUUUCCGGCCGUCGCUGAGGCUGAAGAGCCAGACUCGCACCGCGGUCCCAGACGUGGACGCAGGCAUGGCCGCGGAGGAUUCCUUCGACGAGAGGGGCUGCCACUGCGACGUGACGGUGGAGGAUCUGUCGGCGCCGCUGAAGGCCGUCAUCAGAGCCGUCAGGAUCAUGAAGUUUCACGUUGCAAAGAAGAAGUUCAAGGAGACGUUGCGUCCCUACGACGUGAAGGACGUCAUCGAGCAGUACUCUGCGGGACACUUGGACAUGCUGUGUCGCAUCAAGAGCCUUCAGACCAGACUUGACAAAGUCGUGGGUCCCCCUGCGAGGCCCUUCAGCAGCCGCCUCAAGACCUUUUCUGCUCCUUCCCUGCAUUUAUAUUACAGCCAGGCGCGGAGGAAACAGUCUGCGCCGGGACCGGCCAGUGCAGCGGGCUCUGGUCGACCCAGGAACGUGUCGGCUCCCGUCCUGCAUUAUUAUUACAACAACAGGAAGAAGCUCCCUCCCUCAGGGGUGGAUCAGAUCCUGGGAAAAGGCCAGAUUCCUGUGGAUAAGAAGAUGAGGGAGAAGCUGAACCAGGACGGGGACACUCUGGAGGGCAUGAGCAUGCUGGGACGUGUGUGUAAGGUGGAGAGACAGGUGACUUCCAUCGAAUCAAAGUUGGACUCUUUGCUGGACGUCUACCGCCAAGUUCUGCACAAAGGUUCCUCGGCCCUCACCCUCUCCUCCCUGCCUCUGUUCGAGCUGAACCGGCACCACAACAUGGACUACCAGACCUCCAUCAUCGGCAGGGACCUCCCCUCCCCCCAGGGAGUCGACCCCGUCCGAGGUGGAGGAGAUAACGGAGGUGUGCGCUGUUCCCUUAGCGGCAACCCCAGGGGCCUGCGGCUCAUCCUGGCACCCGCCGACGAUGACAUACCCCCGGACUCAGCACCUCCAUCCUACCCCCCGUCCACAGCCUCGCUCUCUCCGUCACCGCUGCUGCCACCUGAUAGCCCCUACCCAACCUUGGUCACACCCAAUGGCAGCUCCAAGAGAGCACACUUCCCCGACCUGCCGCCCCCACCCCCCUCAACUGGAGGCUUCACCCUCCAGCUGCCCCCCAUGGCGCACCCCUCUCACCACCGAUGUUCCUCUGACUCCGUCCCAGAUGAUCUGUCAGACGGAGCGACGGCAGACAAAGAGAGCCUGGGCCCGUCUGUUGUGGUGGGACCCGACGUGGACGCUGAGCAGGAGGAGGACAGUGAGGCAGGCUCCGCCCGGGGGAGGGUGCAGCUGCGGGAGAAGCCUGGCUUGAAAUCUGAGGGGGUGUGGAGGAGGCACAUGAGCCUGGAGGCGAACCCCCUGCUGCUGCUCUCGUCGAGCCCAGACGGGAGGUCUUCAGACUGGGAAGGCAGUCUGGGGAAAUCCCUCUCCGCGCAUAACCUCAGCCAGCCUUUGAGCAGCCGUGCCUCUGGUCUCUCCUCCGCACUCCACAACAGCAGCAGCAGCAACGGUAGCGAACAGGGCAAUGCCCACCGCGAUGACCUCAGCACCUGGGACGGAACAGAACUCUUCAUUAGUGAGCGCAAGCUGGAGCCUGCAGGAGAACAUUUCAACUUCCUGUCCCAGGGACCUGACGGCGGCCCCGCCGACCUUUUACAGACUGUGGACGAUGCUGCACCUCACCCCAAGGGAAAUUCAGAUUUUCUCAGUCAGUCUCCACACAUACAGCUGGCAUAACCACACACACACACACAACACAGACACACACACACACACACACACACACUCUUGCGUCCUGUAUGUACAUGAUUUUGUGGGCAAAGACACAAGCAUUUUUCAAAUUGUGGGAUUAAAUGCUUUGUGUGGGGACAUUGUUUUUUAUAUUUUGUCCAAAAUGAUCAUGUCCACUUCCAUACAGUUCCAUCAGGUUAUUUACCUUAUUAUAUAUAUUUCUAACAGUAAUAUUAACAAAAAGGAAACAAUAAUAGUCUAAUAACAGUAUGUGUAGAAUAUGAAUGCGAGUGGACAAAUUCAUGUAGGACAAAAUAAACAAACGGUUCACACAUGCAAAUGAGUUUUCCUUUAAAGAAAUAGAUUUCCUCUUUAUCUAAAUAUUUGGAUAAUCAACUUCAUUCAAAAAAGAUAAAAUAAUAUUUUUCAUAUUAUACAAAAAGAUGUUGUUUAAGUUUGAUCUUACAUUAAAGAAAUUAAUAUUUGACAGCGUAGAUGCAGAUCAUUAAUUGAGUUGGUCACAAAAAGACACAAACAAGUGCUGUUAAAGUUAAAUUGAAGUUAAGUUCCAGCUGUUCUGCCUUUUCAGCCUCAGUCUGGAUGUUGAGUGCAGCUCAUUACUUAAAGAAGCAGGAGUCUUAACUUUUCAUUGUAGAAAUGAAAGCAUGAGUCAUCUGACUUGAGCCACUGAAAACAGAGGAAAUCACUGCCUGGAUACAGGCGGCGUCACUUGGAGUCUCUGACGUCGAUCAUGACAUUCAGCCCUGAGAUUAGAACUUCCUUAGAAACCACCUUUGGUCAUGAAAGAUGUAACGUGUACAAGGACUUUUGUUUUGGUCCGUGUCCCAUCCACUAACACGGAAUAGACCGAGUGACAGAGUGUGUGUAAUGAUCUGAUUUCACUUUUCGCGAGUUGUCAUGUCGUCCAAUUUUAUUUACAGUCAGUGGGAUUUUAUUUAAAUAUGAAAAAUCUUCUGCAAAUCAUGUCAACCACUUCUCUCUUGAAAACAGUACACACAGGCACACACACACACACACACAACCACUGACACACACAACCACUGAGUCCUCUCAGAAGAACCAACCUGACAAAGACUGACUAGUGACUUAUUUUUUCAUACAAGUGCUUCUACUCUGAGACUUCCUUGGAAGAAAAGGAAAGUCGCUCCUUGUUCAAUGUCCGUCUUUGGCAGCGUAAAACAAAUGUCCUCUUUUCCUUAAGCUUUCAUACAUAUCACUGCAUGGACUGUCUCCAAGCAUGUGUUCAGACCACAAGCAUCUCGUUCUGUUCAUCCUCUGCAGACACACACACAUGAAUCCUCCGUGUGUGUCCUCGGUGAAUUUGAAUGCUGCAAUCCAAUUGGGGGGGGGAAAUGGCCGAUCAGCAGUGGCUCAAGUGCUGGACCGUGUCCCGCUCGGUCUGGACAGUCGCCUGGUCCGUUAGUUAAGGGUCUGAAUGCUGGAUUGCUGUCGGGUUAUCUCAGCCAACGAUGAGAUGCUGCAUGUCUAAGCUGCUGCAAUACUUAAAUCAAGAGCAGUCACUCGCUCGCCGGUGUCGCCUGGAUGCCCUCGUGCGUGUUAAAGUUUCCUCCAAACCUUUAACAGGAAGGUACGAACAAAGUUUGCCUCAGUGAACAUUAUAAUAUUCUAAUUUGAACUAAUUUGAUAGUAGUUAAAAAGCUGUACUGUCAGUUUUAUGGAUAACCCACUUACUAUAAAAUGUUAUGAUGCACAAGGUUGUUUAAUUAUUUGGUUUUUUUGACAAACCCUGUCUUUUUACUGGGUGCUGGUUGCACCAUGUGCAUUAAUAGUGAUUAGAGGCUGCUAAGCUGACCUUAUCCCCCAGUCCAAAUAUAAUGUGGUUUUACAACCGUAGACUGUUUAUUAAGAUGGACGACGCGUCUCCACUUCCCUUUCACCAUCCAGAAACCAAGCCGAAACAUCCUGGGUACAAACACGACGCCAUUUGCACGCACAGUCUUUGAAGAGGUGGGAGGGAGGUCCUCUCAAUACAGGUUCUCCACCAAUCACAAGUCAGUCUCAGCUGUCAAUCAUGAUAUUUCAUCCUGUUUUUAGAGCAUCAAAUAACCAAUUAAAACCAAACUUAUCAGAAAAAUCUAAGUUUGAACAAACACUGUGAAGAACUACUCUACAGCUCCUCUACAGCGUGGGAGACAAAUGUCUGAUUCUCACUUCAGCCUCAUUUUAGUUUCUAUUUCCUCUCAAAAGUUUCUUGUGUUUUGAAAUAUUAAAAGUCAUUCAGAGAAAAAGGUGAGAUUUAGAAAGUCGAACUUGAGACGUAGGGGAGAUACUUUGCUAAACGUAUUAAAGUAUCACGCUACACUCCUGAAGUCUCGAGUGUGACAGAAUGACAAACCAACUUUUGCAUGACCUUUAGUGCAGCCAACCAGCAGAGGGCGAUCAAGACCCUUUGACUUUUUGGGAAGAUGUCGUGUCGUCCGUCUUUAGAAACAGUGUGUGGUGCCAAUGCACAGAUUCCAUUUAUAACACGGCAGGUCGGCUUCACCAUGAUGAUAAUACACUGUACGUGCAGUGCUGUAGAUGUAGUGCACAUGUUGUCCAUUAUCCACGUGUCCAUUCUGCUGCUAACAACGUCAAAAUAUGCUAUAUUCACAUAAUCAAAUAGGAGUGAGAAGAUGCUUCUGUUCAGAGAAAUGUGCUCACGAAAUAUUUGGCAGGAGACAAACUGGACGCACAAGAAUCUGACCUGGAACUGACUAAAAUGAUCUCGGCCCCUCAAAUCGUACGUAUCAGUAAAACAUGUAAACGUUUUAAAUCCUCAUCACAUCAAUCGAUUACAAGGGACAUGUUUAUAUCUUGGUGCAUUUCGUCCAAAUACAGAUGGAAAUUGAAUUGCGUUCUUCAAGCUGACACCAUCCUGACACUGCACUCAACUCUUUCUCAAAUCGCUCUCCUGCCUGCAGUUACAUUGGCUGCUCGUGAAUGAAAAUUAUGCACAACAAUAGGGCAGCCAUCUUAUUUUCUGUCGGCCGUUUUGAUUUGUUUUUGCUGGGUAACGUCUUAAGGGGUACGCAGUCACGGCAGUCUUAAAAAUGUGUUUCGGCGCGUGUUAACGACGGCCUUUAUUCAUCUUUAUGUCUCACUUACCUUCCUUCUACAUGGCAAGUCAGUGCAUCGCUUAGAAAAUUAACAUUUUGUAGUAGAAUAUAACAAGUAUUAUCUUCUAACAAAUGACAUUUGUCAACACUCGUGAAUGGAUUUUGAAACAGUCUGCAGCCCAGGCAGGAGUCUCUGGUGCGACGAGAUCAAUGAUCAUGAAAGCACAGUUGUUUGUGGUGAGUUGGAGGAGCCUGAAAAUGUGACACACGGUAGUUUUGAGCUCUAUAUUGGAAUAGAAUUGUUGUAGUUAGUGACUGAGUUUUGCUUCACAUGAAAAGAGCCCAACCAAAACGAGGAAAGUUCAAAUUACAUGGAUUAUUCCUCGUAUAAAACAUGCUGAUGUUUGCAAUCUGUAAAUUGCUAAAGGGUGCCUUUCUAGCAUAUGAACAUUCUGUGAUUUGUUUUCCUUCACAGGGCUUUAAAGGUCUCGUUUGCCUACAGCCUUUUGCAUCUGUAUAGCUGAAGUCAUUUUGGGAUGGACCUUCAUUUCACUUAAGUCUUGUAGCUCUAGCCGCAGACUUUAUACGGCUUUGAUGGGUAAUAAUACCAUUUCUCUACAGUAAUUUAUUACACAACUGGCCUUAAAGCUUGACAAUGUUAACAUUAUUUCUUUGAAAUUAAUUUAUUAAAGUGCACAUUAUGUUCUCUGGAUGAGAAAUGCAAAAAUGAUUUUAUUAUUCAUUAAUAAAGUACAUAUUAACUAAAGUG